AGCUCGGAGACAGAACUGCCAUUGAAUUCUGCUGCACUGACGGAUGUGAAGUAGAGGCUCGGAUGUGCACUGACUGAAAGGGAGAACUAAGGGCAGGGAAUGUGAAAAGGGAUCAGAUGGAUUUAACCCUCGCAGCCAUCUCUGCCUGAUCACUGUGCAUCAUUCUCUUCUCGCCCAGCUGUUCUUUCCUGCAGUGUGGAUUACCGGCUGCUUGAGUCAACUGAAGCACCGCUGGAGAAACAGUACGGAAGAUCCGAGCUGCGUAGUUAGAGACAAAGUGCCGUGUCUGGGGAGAGAGAAAGACACAGUGCUGUCCCUUGAGUGGAGCUGUGCUUCUGCCGCUACCUGAGCUCCCCCCCACACACACACUCACACGCACAUAUACAGAGGCAGGGCUGCGCCAGACGCGACGACCGAUGCGUUAAUGCAGCUGUGAGAGAAGAAGAUCUGCAGCAGGGAGCUGUCCUCGGUCCUCAAACAUUCAAGGAUUAACAAAAAAUUAUUUUGACUCCAGACAAAUAACCGACGGAUCUGCAUCUCUGUUCGUAAACUUUGUUUUUGCUCUUUUUUUCCCCCCACCCUAUAUGGAGCAUCUUGGGAAUUACUAUUGUUUUUAUAGAAGCUGAACUAAUCAGAGGCUUUUUUCCCAGAACAUGCCUACCCCCCUAAACCCAGUCUUCUUUGGUUCCUGACUGAGUGCGUGUGUUUAUGUGUAGGUGUGUGUGUGUGUGCGUGGACGUGACUAUUUGUUUCUUUGGGCUUGGGUUUGUUGUACCAUAUUCUAUAGAAUUAAUACUUACGUGUUCAUGUAAAAGCUGAUGUUUGCCAUGCUAUUUGUAUGAGCAGUCCGUAUUGCAUGUAUCUGUAGCUGUGGAUGAGCGUUAAAUGAAUAUUAAUGAGAUGCCUAGUCUUGGCUCCUUCCCCAGCCCCCUCCUCUGCUUGUGCUGCUUCCUGGCUGGGCCCUGAACUCCAGAAGCAUGAGUGAGAGAACGGCACUAGGGGCCACCAUGGAGACCAUGAUCCUGGAGGAGCCCGGGGCUGAACAAGCCUCCCCCCGGGCCCCAGGGCCCCUCCGCUGUGGUCCCUGUGCGGUGUGGCCCCGCCAGCAGACAUGGCUUUGCGUAGUGCCCCUGAUGAUGGGCUUUGUAGGCCUGGGCCUCAGCCUGAUGCUUCUUAAAUGGAUUGUAGUGGGCUCAGUGCAGGAUUACAUCCCAACUGACCUGGUGGAUGCCAAUCGCAUCGGACAAGACCCCAUUUUCCUAUCUAAACCCAGUGCCCUUCCCAAAGGUCCCAAUGGCUCCACAUCUGCAAUUUCCGUUGCACCCUCAGCGGCUCCUAGUUUGGCAACACGAGCAGCUGAGGGCACAGGUACAGUGCAAAGGACUCGGUUUGGGCAGUCCUCAAACCACACGGCCAGUAGCAGUAGCAGCAGUGGAGGAGGGGGUGGGGCACUAGGGGGAAGCUCGGGAAACAGAGCCCCACACCUGCAUAACAGAGUGGGAACACGAGUGACCAACACCACCACAAGAGCCACCAGUCUUGACCCACCAGGUGGCAAGGAGGUAACGCCACGCAGUACCACUGUCCAAAAACCCAACGGGGAGGGUGGGAGCCGAAAUGCAUCUCCAUCUGCACGGGCCGGGCCGCCAAGUAUGACCACGAGUAAAACAAUGACCAUCUCGACAACAGGCACAACCACUACCCAAGCAGCCCAGCCAACCUCCACCAUUGCAUCUCCCUCCAAGCCCAGUCAGCGCUGGAAUCAUGGACGCUCCUCCAAAAGCCCUUCCACAAAGCCUACUCGUCCACAUCAUCGCUUCAGGACCCUUGCCCCCACAACAUCUACCGUAAGAUCUGAAUUCUUCAAGCCGUGCCAAGAUAGUCAGGAGAUGGCCUUCUGUUUGAAUGAGGGGGAGUGCUUCAUCAUCGAAACAGUGGCAGGUGUACACAGACAUUGCAGGUGUAAAGAGGGUUAUCGUGGACUUCGUUGUGACCAGUUUGUCCCGAAGACAGACUCUAUCCUAUCUGACCCAACAGCAGAUGAGCUUGGUAUUGAGUUCAUGGAGAGUGGAGAAACCUAUCAAAGACAGAUUCUGUCCAUCUUCAGCAUAGCCGUGGGGAUCAGCUUGCUGGGAGUGGCUUGCAUGGCUCUUUACUGCAAAAACAAGAGGCAAAGAGAGAAGCAUCGGGCCCAUCUGACUGAAAUCCGCAACUUGACGGAUGUGCAUGUUCCAAUGUGCCUCAUGUCUAAAUCCAGCCCCAGAACUGAGAGCGCUCUCCAGCUUAAAAAGAGCAGAAGAGCUCAUGGUUCCUCCACUCAGCAGGCAUCCGGCGUAGUGCUCAGCAGCUCUAAAGUCUCCCUACCGAAUCAUAAUCGCAGUCUCUCCAUGGGGAAGCAUUGCAGAAGCUGCUCCCUAUCAUCAAGCCCCUCCCUAAAACAAAAGGUAACCAAUUAUCGAGCUGUCUCAAAGUGGACUCCGCCCAUCUCUAGAGCAGGCUAUCAUUUGAGUGCAGGAUCUAGAGAUUCUAGUCAUUCCUACAAACAUCUCCAAGAGGUGGAGAUGAUGCCAGAAUCUUUGAGAAGGUGCCAGUCUCACUCGGAUAGCAAUCAGCAAAGCCGUUCAAAUUCCAAUACACAAAUUGUGAUCUCCACCCAUACCGGAGGAAUGAUGGGCUAUACUGAUGUUCCAUGCACUCGUCUUGACCAGAGAGCAGCCUUUCCUCCCCCUUCUAUCCGAGCCCACUCUGUACCCAUAAUCCCCUCUGUUCAGGGACCUGAGUUUGGGGAGGGGCCUGGAGAAGGGGGCGGGAGUAAGCUGCCUAUUAGAGGUAGGGUUUCUACCAGCUGCAACCUAAUAACUCCUGAGACUGAGGUGGAGUCAGUGGCAAAUUCCAGGCAAACACAUGCCAGCUCCUCUGCGACAGUGCAGGAGCCACAGACACUAACUUGCUCUGAGUCUGCACUGAUGUCAAGGGGCCAAAUCAAACACAAAAGCCUUGUCACCUACACGACAGCCUUGGGGUCAGGCAUGGGCUCCCAAAGAGCAAAGACUGUAAUUUCUAUGACUGUAUUGGGAACAGGGUUGAAAACCACUCAACACGCCGCCAGCCUUCUGUCUAAGGCUGCUGGAGGACAGGGGAGCGAGCAUGUUCAUCCCACAUUUGGAGCACCGUCAGGACAGGAACAGGGUGAUGGUUUACAAACACAAUUUUUGGGAAAAGAGAAAGACAGUUGCUUUUCCAAUGGGAUUAGAGAUGUGGCCUGCCUCACAUAUCCCAAGAGCUGAUUGGAUAAAUGCAAAGAUCACUUUGGAGGCUUUAUCAUAUUGGGGUGGGAUUUCCCAGUUUGUGCUGACCAACCAUCAAGAGACUUUCUGUUGGAACUAUUUUACUGCAUUGUGGACUACAGUGAAAACUACAAAGACAAGACUUUAAAACACUGAAUAACUGACGACACAAUGUGAAUAAAUAAUGAGAGAAUGACGACCACGGUUGGAAUGUUGAUUUAAAGAGAUACUGAAAAAGGAUUUAUAUGCCACUAUUUAACAAAAGCUUCAAUUUAGAAACCAAAUAGCGUUUCAUCUCAAUGUUGUUUCUCUACUGUAAAGAAGAAAAAUAUAAUAGAUGUCAAAACUAUAUGUAUGUCAUAUAUUCCAUGUAUAUGACAUGCCAAGUGAUGAAA